AUGAAGCUGAAGUUAAGAAAUCUUUGCAAUUUAGACUUUGAAAUAAUGGCAUCCAUUAUGCUGAUAAGUCUGUUCCUACUGGUUGCUGUUCAAGUUGUUGAUUCUUUAAGUAUUAUGAAGGACACAAAAGGAAAGUUUAGUUCCUACCGUAUCACCAAGUUAAAGGACUUUUUUGAUGUUUUCGACGUUGAUGAAGAUGGUGUUCUUACAGAACAUGAAUAUGUGGUUUUAACAACAGAACGAGCGCAAAAUGUUCUGCUGUCUUGGAGAGCCAUGGCAGUGAAUGGUAUAUUUUCCAAUGCCUUUCGGGUCUGGUGGUCAAACAAAUACUCCAAUUAUAAAACAGCCUUUACAUUUAAAGAUAUGAUUCGGGUUCACGAGAUAGACUUGCCUAUUUCAACGGAGGAGCUCGCCGAAGGCUCAUGGGAUUUGUUUGGCACGUUUGAUAUUGACUGCGAUGGCAAGUUGGCGAUAGAUGAGUAUUCCAAAUUCCUGUUUGUUUUUCGCAACACAGCUGAGAUUCAACCAAUUUUUGAUGCAAUUGAUCAGAACGCAAAUGGCGUCCUUGAUGCAGAAGAAUUUGUAAGCGCAUACGACCUCCAUUGGUAUCGACAAGAGUUCAGCACCACUGAUGUAAUUAUCGGCAAGCGGUACUGA